AUGACCGACUGGUUAAUAGAAUGGGAUAAGCAACUAGCAAAGGAAAAACGACAUAUCCUGUUGACUGUAGAUAAUUGUCCGGCUCGUCCUCCUGUUCAAACUGAAUUUAUAAAGUUGGUUUUUCUCCCUCCAAACACGACCUCUGUGUUACAACCUUUGGAUCAAGGUAUUAUUAAAGCAUUAAAAGUGAAAUUUCGGAAAAAACUAGUACUCAAAAUUAUUAAUCAAAAGGAACAGGGAAAAGAUAUUAAAAUUUCAGUAUUAGAUGCAAUUUUAAUGAUUUCCGAUGCAUGGAAUGAUAUUUCUACCACUACAAUAAGAAACUGUUUCCACCACGCUGGAUUCAAGGCUUCGGUAAACGACGAAACAGAAAUAGUAAAUGAAAAUAAUUUGGACACAGAGUGCUUUUCUGAAGAAAACAUACAUGUAUUAGUUUUAUGA